AGCAAAAGCUUACGUGUUCAAACCCCCUAUUAAGUCUCCGAAUUAAUAUCCAGCUAGUUAAUCGAACUCGAUGAGCUGGAAUCAUGAAUACCUUAUUGAUUGGCCGUUAGGAUGAUUUUUUACUUAAAGGUCUUUUUCGGCCAGAAUAUAUUCUACUUAUAUCAACACACUCCUUUAUUCUCCUUACAUUUUUAGGUAUUGCCAUAAUUAUUGAUAUACUUUUAGUGAAACCAAUAUUCCAUUUAUCCAGGGAGAAGAUCAAAUUUCAAGACUUUAUCUGGUAAAAGGUAUACAAUGAAGGUCACAAUCUACGAUUACAUUGUCAUUCUCUCCUGCUUCCAGGUCGUGCCGCUCGCGACGUCGGUUGCGUUUAGCAACGAUAUUUGUCCUUCUUGGUAUCUUCGCCAGGCUGGGUGGGAUGACAGGCAAGAUCCUGUGCUCGAGUUCGUCGCUAUCUGUUCCACUGGCAACACCACCUCACACGAAUAUCGCACGAGUAGCUUGAACAUUGACCCAUGCUUCACCAAUCACAACGGGAUUCUAGAGCCAGCCAAUACGGGAUCAUCUUCACGCCCCGGGGGGUUUUACGAGACGUGCGAUAGUUGCGGCCUAGUCCUCCAGGGACCCUAUGGCGACGACAAGAAGAAGUGGGAUGUGUAUAUGCGUUGCAAUUGUAAAAAGGAUGGAGGGAGUGCAGCGGGAAUCAUCAACAUGGAGUCGGGACUUAGUGUUAACGACGGUAUUCUAAAUUGCAUGAAUUUCCCUGGAGCAGCAAUGAAUUACUCUCCUAGCGCUAACCCGGCUAUGCUUCCUCUUCCGGGCACGACGACGUUGACCACGACGGCAACUGCCAACAGUACCGUUGCCAGUAUAACCACAGCUACUGCCAAUGAAACAUUUUUCAGUACCGCUACCAACACAGCAAUCACGACGGUCAUAAGCUCUUGCGAGUCGCCCAGCCAGGUCACAGUUACGAAAACUCACAAGGGAAAGGCCCAUAAGCAGACAGUAACGGCAACAAUGACAGAGACUCAUCCCGUUACAGUCUUGGUUAGCAUUAUGGUAACGCCCACUGCCAAGCCCACGAUAGCUGCCCAGCUCCGCUCGACUGUCGUGGCGGAUUUUUCGACCAUCAAUUAGUCUAGCUUUCCAGUCGACGCCAGUUUGCAGAGAUGAAUAGCCGGAUGGGAAUAUGGCACUUGGGAUUGGCCAAUCAUUACUUGGAAAAUAUCUGACAUCGCUCUUAGACUGGAAUAUUUGAUUUAUUUAGUACCCAAUUUCUACAUAUGUGGCAGGUCCGCGGUUUGUUUGUUUCGAGGGAGCUUGCGGUCCCGACGCGGUACCCUACCCCUAUUUUAAGAAUCUCGUCAUCUAAACUACUUGGCGACCGGAAGCUAGAUGGACAACUCGGUAAAGCUUAUAUGAAUUCAUAUCACUUCUAAACAUCGAAUUUACUAAUGGAGUAUAGUGAGUGUACUGCUAUGUAUAUGUCUUAAUAGUAGUUCAGAAACUUCCAAGAUUACCUGCUUGCCAUUCCAUCAUCAUAGGCUGUAAU